CCCCUUCCCUCCUCUAUAUAUAUCUUCGUUCUCUGUUCCUUUCUUCCUCGCCAAAAACUUUUUACCUUCAAAUCCUGAAACACUCUCCUUGUACUGAAAAUGGUAGGCGUAUUCAAGCGUUCUCUUUCAUUUCCUAAUCAAAUUCCCAAUCGCCCGCCAAAACCAUCCCUCCCUCACCACAUCAGAUCCAUCAGUCUUCCCUGCAGAUCACACCCUUUAAUUUCCCGGCUCAGGAAUGGGAUCUCCGAGCUCAGAAUUUGGUCUUCCAAAUCUGAUAACCGAACCUCCUCUUGGCUCUGCGAUGGAUUGACCCGCCUUAAAGAGGUUCAUGAUUCUCUUGAUGAUAUCCUCCACCUCCCUCAAACCCAAGAAUCCCUUCGCUGCCAGCCCACAUGGGUUGAGAACCUUCUUGAAGAUUUUCUCCGAUUUGUUGAUGUUUAUGGGAUAUUCCAAACAUCGGUUUUGGCUCUCAAAGAAGAGCAGCUUGCUGCUCAGGUUGCUACAAGAAAGAGAGACGAUUCCAAGAUUGCUUCGUACAUUAAAUCCCGCAAGAAAAUGGCUAAAGAGAUGUCUAAACUCGCCUACACAAUUCGAGAUAUCUCAAGAUGCUCAGUUCCUGGAUUCGAUAAACUGUCUAUAACUGAUGCUGAAUUGGCUAGCGUCAUUGGAGAUGUUAUUGAAGUGACAGCAUCAGUUUCAGUUGCCCUUUUCAAUGGAAUCUCUUUGUCAUUUGCUUCGAAAAAAUCUUCUUGGAUGGGAGCGAUGAUGAGAUUGCCUAAAAGGGCAAAGAAAGCGAAGAUGGAGGAAGGAAUUCAAGAAUUGCAGCAAGUUAAUGCAGAGAGCUUGUGCGGGUUAAGAAAGAAGGGAGAUGAAGAGGUGAGAAUGGUUCUCAAGAGGAUGCAAGAUUUGGAAGGCUGUAUUGGUGGCAUCGGAGGUAGAGGGGAGCAAGUGUUCCGUAGCUUGAUUAACACUAGAGUUUCAUUACUCAACACUCUCACACGGUAGAGGGAAUGUAGCACUGUGUUUCUCCAAUGGAAAAUAUUUCAUAUUUUAUUCAGUGUCCACAAAUUAACACAUAUCCAAUACUACUGUAUAGUGUUCAUAUUUGAAACUUCA